GCCAGGUGCUAACUGAGCACCAGGAAAUUCCCAUGUAAUCUUUUGGGUUUUUUGGUUUAAGAGCUGGAUGCUGAGACACCAGUUCUCAUGUCAUUAAACUGGGCUUUUGGUCAGGCCAAAACUGACCUUUGAUUUUUAAGAUGUGAUCCUACAGGAAUACAAUAUCAAUAAUUGAGCAGGUUGUGCCCUGCAGAGACCAAUUUGGUAACACACUGAACCUCAGCUUAUAAAAUAGCUCCAAGGGGUGCCACAUGCUGCUGAUUCUGACAUGACACUGUGUCUUUGCAUGGCAGCAUGAUGAAGCACCCUAAAAUUAGCCUUCUUACUAUUUCGUAAAGAGCAGGCAGAAAGGUAGCAGCCUGCACUCAGGAGAACAAAGAGGCACAGGAGAGGACCAGAACUGAGGCUCACACACAGCCUGGUCACAACACUUCAUGCAUGCAAGACGACAGUUUAGAAACCUCAACUUCAAUAUCUCAGCUUCUGAGGGAGAGUUAUUUAGCAGAAACUAAGCAUCAAGGGAAGAGUGAAAGAAGCAUAUCAGAGCCAGUUUCUCAUAAUUUCCACUAUGGCAAUGCUUCUGGUGAUUCAGAUGAGGUAGCUGCCCAAGAUGACCUUCCAGAUCUCUCUGCCUUUUUGAGCCAAGAAGAGCUUGAUGAAAGUGUAAACCUGGCAAGACAAGCUAUUGGUCAGAAUCCGCUGGAAACUAAACAGGAUGAGCUUCAGGCACAUUCACAGCACCCCCCAGAUCAGCUGAACAACACGGGAAAACACAAACAAAUGGCCCAGUCUACAGCUUUGAAAACAUCAGACAAUGGCCUGCACUCCAACUUUUGCCAGGAACAUGUCAGAAACACAAAGGGGUCCAAAGGGAGCUCUCAAGAUCUAAAGAAACACCACCUGCCUUCUGAAUCAGAAUCCAAAAAGGAAUUCCUAAACAAGGCAGCAGAUUUCAUUGAGGAGCUCUCCUCACUUUUCAAAGCUCACAACUCUGAAAGAAUAAGACCCCGAACAUGCAAAAACUACAAGAGCAAAAUUGAUUCUAAGAAUAAGUCUGCUCAAAAAGGUAGCUCUGGCCUGUCUCUCACGUCAGAAAACAGAGAAAGGCUUUCCAUUCCAACACGUCAAGACUUGGAAAACAAAGCAGAGAAAACAUUUGAACAAACAGAUGAUCAACAGGCUGCAAACCUGGAAUCUAUCAGUCAAUUAACAAGUGCAGAGCUGAAAACAGAGUCAGAAUCUGCAUCUGUAUAUUCUGAUGAGCCCAUUGGACAACCACCGCGCUUUACUCAAAAAUUGAAGAGCAGGGAAGUUCCUGAAGGAUCCAAAGUGCAAUUGGACUGCAUUGUGGUAGGAAUCCCAGCACCUGAAGUCAGGUGGUACUGUGAAGGGAAGGAGCUUGAAAACUCACCAGACAUUCAAAUUAUCCAGACAGGUGAUCGACACUCUUUGAUUAUUGUUGAAGCUUUUGAGGAGGACACAGGGCGCUACUCGUGCUUUGCUUCCAACAUCUAUGGAACAGACUCCACUUCUGCAGAGAUUUACAUAGAAGGCAUCUCUUCUUCUGACUCUGAAGGUGAAAUCAUCAAAGACGAAAUGGAUCACAAACCAAAGCCAGCCAACACCUCUGUGAAUGCAGCAUCUCCUGCUGUCAGAACUGCAACCAAGCAUCAAGAAACCUCCAAGACACCAUCAGCUGUGGUUCAGUCUGUGUCUGUACCUGUCCAGGCUGUGUCAACACCAGUUAGCCAGGCUCAAAGCCCCACUAAUUAUUUGCAAGGACUGGAUGGAAGACCUAUAAUUGCUGCUCCUGUAUUUACAAAGAUGUUACAGGAUAUUUCAGCUUCUGAGGGGCAGCUUGUUGUUUUUGAAUGUCGGGUGAAAGGAGCUCCUUCCCCAAAGGUUGAAUGGUAUAGAGAAGGAACACUGAUAGAAGACUCUCCAGAUUUUAGGAUAUUACAGAAAAAACCACGAUCUAUGGCUGAACCAGAGGAGAUUUGUACUCUCGUUAUUGCUGAAGUAUUUUCAGAAGAUUCCGGCAGUUUCACCUGUACUGCAAGCAAUAAAUAUGGCACAGUAUCCAGUAUAGCUCGUCUGACUGUCAAAGCACCUGAAGACAGCAGUAAUGCUGCUGCCCUUCACACGACGGGCUCCAUUGACUUUGUCGUUACUGAACACCAACCUCCCCCACAAACUCCUUCCAGCCGUGCAGCAAUUCAAACACCCAAACCUAAACUCGAAGGUGUUCUUGUGAACCACAAUGAACCCAGGUCGAGUUCCAAGGUAGGGCUCCGUGUACACUUCAAGCUGCCUGAAGAUGAAAAAGGAAGUGAACCAUCCUCAGAGGAUGGACCUGGUGCUGCAAACCAAACCAGACCCAACCAUUUCCCAGAGAAGAUAAAUGGACAGCCAGUGAAAAUACCAGAGCCAACAUCACCAUCCAAGGAACCUCCCCCAGUACUGGCUAAACCAAAGCUUGAUCAGAGCCAGUUAAAACAGCUCCAUAACCAGGUCCUGCUUGAACAACAGCAGGUGCAUCAGGCAUCUCAAAGAGAGCUGUCAUUCAACACCACUUUAGUGAAUUCUGCUACUUCACUCUACCAACAGUCCACCUCAACCCUGUACAAGCAAAGCUCAGCCUCUGCUUCGCAAGCCUUUGGCUACACCCGCCCCAAGCAGUUCCUGCCACCACAAACUCCCCCACCAGCCAGCUCCUCUGCCAGCUCCUCAGUUACAUUCAGCAGCGUCCCUCAGGCAACUCAGAAAACAAAUAACAUGGAAAAUUUCAUGGGAAAUCCUCCACCUGCCCAAUCAAGGUCUUCAGGAGGGUUUACAAGCAAAAGUGAACAGUCUCUACCAAGCCCUAAGGAAUCCGUGGUGCCUCCACUAACACUUUCUACAUGCAGCGUAAAACAGUUUCAGCCACAGACUGUGACUCCUGCUCCCAUCUCCCCAACCGGACGGAUUCAGAAUCCAGUAGCUUUCCUUAGUGCUGUUCUUCCUUCACUUCCUACCGUGCCAUCAACCAAUGCCAUGGGACUGCCCAGAAGUACACCAGCCACCCCAACCCAGGGAUUAACAAAGAAAAAUCUGAAGCCUCUGCCAUUAGCAACAGAAGAUUCUAUUCGGGAAAACAAAGCUGCACUUGUAAAGGACCUGGAAAGAAAACUGCAUUUCAGAGAGGAUGCUAAUCAACAAAGUGGUCAACAGGAAUACAGGAUUUCAAGCUUUGAGCAGAGGCUGAUGAACGAAAUAGAAUUUCGCCUUGAACGGACACCAGUGGAUGAAUCAGACGAUGAAGUCCAACACGAGGAAAUCCCUACAGGCAAAUACAUAGCUCCCAUCUUUGAUAAGAGACUCAAGCAUUUUCGGGUAAUGGAAGGAUCCCCUAUUACAUUCACCUGCAAAAUAGUUGGAAUACCUGUUCCCAAGGUCUACUGGUUCAAGGAUGGCAAGCAGAUUUCAAAGAAAAACACACAUUUCAAAAUGAACAGAGAAGGAGAUGGAACAUGUUCUUUACAUAUUGAAACUGCUACUAACGAUGAUGAUGGCAACUAUACGAUUAUGGCUGCAAACCCACAAGGCAGGAUCAGUUGUUCAGGACACCUGAUGGUUCAGAGUGUCCCUUUUCGAGGACGAAUAUCAACAACUCAGCCUCACAGAACACGGCCGCGGGUGCCAGAAGGAGACAAAGAGGCAGUUCAAGAACGCUUUUUCAGGCCAUACUUUCUACAGGCUCCGGGUGACAUGGUGGCACAUGAAGGGCGACUUUGUAGGUUGGAUUGUAAGGUGAGUGGGUUACCAACUCCAGACCUGACGUGGCUCCUGAAUGGCAAACCUGUGCUCCCAGAUGGCAGACACAAGAUGCUGGUCAGAGAGACUGGAGUUCACUCUCUGCUCAUCGAUCCUCUCUCCCAAAGUGAUGCCGGAACUUACACUUGCCUUGCCACUAACAAAACAGGACAAAAUUCAUUUAGUCUGGAGCUCACUGUUGUAGCAAAGGAAGUAAAAAGAGCCCCCAUGUUUCUGGAAAAGCUUCAGAACUGUGGUGUUCCAGAAGGGUACCCCGUCAGAUUAGAGUGCAGAGUUGUGGGAAUGCCACCUCCUGUAUUUUACUGGAAGAAAGAUAAUGAGACCAUCCCAUCAAACAGAGAGAGGAUGAGCAUGCAUCAAGAUACAACAGGGUAUGUCUGCCUCCUGAUCCAGCCUGCCAAGAAAGCAGAUGCUGGCUGGUACACCUUGUCUGCAAAGAACGAAGCUGGCAUUGUCUCCUGUACUGCUCGACUUGACAUAUACGCUCAGUGGCACCGUCAAAUUCCACAAGCAGUCAAGCUCCGCCCCGGUGGCAGCCGCUACACGAACCUCAGCAGCCAAGGACUCGACAUCUUCUCUGCCUUUCCAGCUCCUGAGAGCCCUAUGCUGUUUUCAUCCCCAACCCAAAAGUUGGUGGAGAGUGAAGAACUUUGAAAAACAAACGCUCGUUCCAGUUGCACCUACAGAGAUACUAGAACUGUGAAAAACUAAAUAAAAACAAAAAGAGGUACAACUCAAGAUGCUCAAGGUUUACAAGCAACUUGUUUGUAAUUAAGUGUUCUGCUGCUGCAAAUGCUGCAAGUAAUAUAUCGUACAAGACUUUUGCAUAUGAUUUUAAUGCAGGAUAAUUGUGGUAUGGAGUGUUGUGCAAUAAAUUCAGAACUGUGUAGUUUGCUAAGAAUUACAUAGUAAACAUAGUUUUCAGCACCUAAAAGCCAAUGCCACUUUUACUUCUUGAAUUAGAGCUACUGCGCUGUAGCUGCCAUGGUAAGGAUUGAUGAUGAUUAGCUGGAAGACUGCCAGUGAAAACAUUGACAUUACAGUAACAACAAUCCUGAAUGAGGGUAAACAACAAGACUUUGAAUGUAAUUCUAAAAAACAUGCCAAAUAAUCACAAAGCACAAGUUAAAGGGAAAAGAUGUAACUCAUUUUUAUAUAUGAUUAUGCCAGACUAUUUUAGAAUUUUUGAAUUCCAGAUUAGAUAAAUAUAGCAUUUCAUGUAGGUACAGCUGUAUACCCUAAAUAUUUAUAUUUGUGUGUGUGUGUACUCCAUGAACUGUGUACUCUUGGUGUAAAGGUUCAUAAAAUAAGGUACAGGACAUGUGCGUAAGGCGCUAACAUAGGAAAUGAAAAUUCCUCGUGUCUGAAGCAUGUUCUCUUGAGCCUGUAGCUGAAACUAUUUUCCAGAUGUGCUUCAUACUUCUUUCUUUACCAUGUUAGUGAUCCUCUGACUUUAACACAGAUGAUACCAAACUUGUAACUUCAUGGCUUUUAAAUGUCAGUCUCUUCUUCCUAAUUUUUAAUGUGCAUCUACCAUCUAGCUCAUUUUAUAGCUAAAUGGAAAGGAAUUGCGACCUGGUAAAUUUUCACCACCAUUUAGGAAAUGGUCACAGGUGUGGUGUCUAACAUGAAGACAGAAAAUUCUGUUAGUAUAUGAAGUUUAAGAAGUUAAGCAACAGUUAUAUGUGAAAAGCUAGAAAAAACCCUACUGUAACUAACAGUGGUAAUAAAUAAGGCAAAUUAAUGAAAGCUCUACAGAAGGUGUUAAGUCACAACACUUAAUGAUUGAUUUAAAUAUUUUGGCACCUAUACAGUUACAUUAAUAGCCCCCAGCUGUGAAUCUGCAAAUGUUCACAGUGUUUUCUUGCAUCUUUCAAUUACUGCUAACCCUUUUCUCUGGACAUUGUUUUCAAGCACUUCUUACUUACUGCUUUCAGUAUGGCUGCAGAAUGCAACAAAGUCAUGAUCAAAGUCACAGAGAUGAAAAAAAAAAUUAACAGGUACUUUCAUUUUAGGCUAUAUUUGGGGUUUUUUCAAAUUUAAAAUUUUAACUUUAAAAAAAUUACAUAUGCAAAGAAAACAAUGGGGAGUUAUCUUAAGAGCAAAAGAAUAUUGGAUAUAGCCAGAGACUGAAAAAGAGUUCCUUUCACUGGGCUUCCCACAAAUACAGCUUCUAUUGUCCCUAACUGUUGAUUCCCUAAGGGUUUAGAGGAAGUGAAUUUCUUGUGUUGUUUUAUUUCCCACCUGAGUGAACACCAUAAAACAAAACCAUCAUUAUAACUCUCAUGCUUUUGUUAGAAAUCUCAGGCAACUCACCCCAGACUGGACCGACCACACAGCUAAAACACAGUCUUAUCCUAAGAUUUAAAACAAGGUGCAGGUAUUUCCAUGGGAAAGCAGAUGUUGCCCAUGUUGUACCUCUUUCCUGGAAAACAAAAUAAAACUCAUGGCUAUCAGAAGUGAUGCAUUGAGUUAAGGGACUUCAGUAAUGAGAUGCACAACUUAAGACAUACUGUGGGUCUGGUUGUCUAGGACAGAGAAUCUACCGCUCCUCUUAUCUUCACGUGGUUUUUAGGGUGGCCUAGGAUUCCAAAACUAAACCCAAAAUUUAAAGUUUCCCAUAUUAGUUAUUACUCUUGGAAAAAUAAUCCAAGAAAAGUUACUAGAUUUUGCCUGCUUAAUUCAGUGCUGUUGGGAAAUGGGAAGGUAGGAAAUUAAGACACAAAAGAUCAAACUCUACUCACAUCUACAGCCCUGGUCUUCCCAUUAUUUUGUGAACUGGAGAGAAGGUUUUGUUCUGAAGUAUUCCAGGUUGUAUACUGGCCAUCAGGCUUUAUCCCUAAGCACAAGCUUAUUCAAGAGAUUGCCUGCUUGGAAGUCCCCUGUGGCCCCUUUGCCUGGCUGAGAGUGAGAGGUUGGACAAGAUGGCCCCCUGAGCUUUCUUCAGACCUAAAUCACUCUGUGCUUCUAAAUUGUUUUAUUUUCCACUGCCUGUCUAAAUAUCCUACCUGGAUUAAGUUACCUGUCAGCUGAGUAGAAACUAAGAAUUCAAGCAAGCACAAACUUUUCCUUUUUGCUGGAAUCUAACCUAUUAGGCAAGUCAAGCUACAAGGGUUCUUCACACAGUGUAGAAGAAAGGAAUACUAGUACUUAGUUCUGGCAACUAUCUGGUUACCAGUGCUGGAAUCAUACUGAUCAAUAUUACUGACAGCAGUAAUGGUUUUCACAUCUUACAACAUCAGACAUCACACCCAAAAGCUCAAUGCAAGUAAAAAAAGUGCACAGUGCAAACCGUAUCUCUUCACCUUUUCUCUGCAAUGUCAGUGGAGUGUCUUCAAAUUCACAUCAUUAUAACCUGAGUUGAUGGGCUGAGGAUUAAAUGGUACAAUGUUUCUUAAAAUGUACAUUCAGUUCUUUGGAAGUGGGAGGACAAGAAGCUGAAAGACUUUUCCCAAAGAUCUGUCAUAAGAAGGAUUAAACCUUAGUCAUUCAGGAAGGAGCCCCAGAAAUCUCAGUGACAGUUAGGCUACAGAAAGUACAUCACCAAAAUCUGUUAGCUGAACUAUAAUAUUCUCUCCUGGACAGUACUUACCAGCAAAAAGAUCAAAACCUGUCACAUUUCCCUAAAAACCGCGGAAGUUAGCAAUUUCAAUUACUUCCAGUAAUUGAUAAAUACUGAUAAAAACAAACUCAGAAUCUGAUCCCAAAUGGUCUGUAGUUGUUACAUUUUGUUCCUUAAAGGACAUUUCUCCUCUGCACGUACUGAACUCAUGAAGGGAGCCUGUAAAGGCAGCUUGUGUGAGUGGAUGUCAAUGCUGUUUAAUAAGUAGUACUGAUGUGCCCAUCACAAGGAAGAACUUGCAAGAAAAAGACACCAAAAUUACGUUUGUGUUGUUAAGUGGUGGAACAGACAAGGGAAAAAGGCCUGUGGAAGAGAAGGACAGUACGACAGUACGACAGUACUGUGUUGCCACAUGGUGUCAGGAUGUGCUAGAGCCACCCUGCUCCCUCCUGAACAACCUGGCUGCCCAUUGCUGGUGUUUACUGAAUAACCAGUUCCACCUUACACUAACACAGCUUUUCAUUCUCUUACUCAGGGCAGGCUACUGCAGCAACAAAACUUAAUGUUAGACGGUCCACUGAAGUCACUGUUAGUUAUUAACUCCAAAAGUCCAUGAAACCACCAGAAUGUGGAGUAUAAUGCUGUAUAAGUGUGAUACAGAAACGCUCGGGUUUGUAACCUCUCAGCUGUUUACUGAUUCAGAAUCCUGUAGGUUUAGUUUCCCAUUUCCUCCUAGUCCUGGUUUCGUAUAAAACCAAUCAGAGGCAUAGUAUGUUGCAAACCAGAGCAGAAAAGACAACUUUUGUGUUGCAAUUCUAGAUUUCAAAAAGUAUUAUUUUUGCUUUAAACUUUUGGUCCAGAUUGAUGCAAACCCAGCCUCACAGGCAGCAGCAGCAUCACAUAUAGGUCUGCAUCGGUAUCAUUGGACCUCUUGCCUUAAAACCACUGGACUGAGUUCCUUGCUUCCACAUGGAAGGUGGAGCAACCUUUCUGAACGCCUUACCUCUGCUAACACGAGGAGAUGAGAGCACACACUUCAAAUAGGAAAACCCAAGUCUGCAGUCUUCACCUCCAUAUAUAAACAACUGCCAGUAAUUGUACUUCAACCAACAAAUCUGGAAUAAGAAUUCAUUUAAGAACUGUGUUCUCAAUGCUUCCAGGUUUAAAAGCAUUAGUUUCUGAACAAUGUCCUUACAAAACAUAAUGAAAUAUUUAUACUGUUAAUACAGGAGAAGCGAUUCAUUGAUAAUUGCCUUAUUAUUUACAACACAAAAAUGUUCACUUUGAGCCUUAAAAUUCUAGUUAAUAUUUUUUCUUGAUUAAAGUUGAUUUCUUUUUUCCAAAGUCAUUCUCAGUGGGAAGAAAAAUGCUCAUGUCGGUUUUAUAGUAUAUUUUAAGCGCACAUGAAAGGAAAAAAACAAACACCUGCCUGUUCAGUAAUGUAUUUCCCUUCAUCUCACCUGAACGUAAAUAAACGCUUCAUAGGUGCAUACAAAACUGUGUCCUUCACAUGUUCAAAUAAUUGUGAAAAUGUGCGACAAUUCCAGAAGUUUUCUCAGAACUUUGCUGUGACAGCUGAUUAAUGAAAUCAGACUUUACAUUAUUUAGAAGAAAAUAUUAAAUAUUGUCAAGUUAUAUACUAGCCAUGCUUCUAGCAGGUAGUUGUGAAAUAAAACUCAUUGCUUUUUUAAGCAAUUCUUGCUAUCAGUUCACACUGGUUUUAAUAUAUGCCUACUUACAGACUGCCAUAGCUGAACUCCAUUGUGCCUCAAAAAUUUUUGCAGUUCACUGGUCACCUGGCCCCCACACUGCCCUGAAACCCCCAUUUGCUGCAUCCAGACCAACACUGAUGCAACUCUCCGUGCACUCAGGCACAGGGUGCCUGGGACAGAGCAUUGAUCUUUUCAACCCCUGGUUGUGUAUCCAGCACUUGGGCAGCUAAAGUCUGAAUGAGGGCCAAUCAAACACACAAAACACACGAAGUUCACUCUUUCUUUCUUUCUUCAAUGUGAAUGAGUGAGCAUCAUCUUUGUAUAAGGGCCCAUUAGGACAUUUUGGAAUAGGUUUUAAAUGAUGCAAACCCAACACUUGAAGGAAGCUGGAUCUCAUAGCUCAGAUACAGAAGAGAACAGAACCAAAGAAAGGAUGAGUCCCAUCACAUUUGCUAGUACAGAUUUUGCUUUCCCAUGUAACCAUGUUUCCCCAUUCCUGCCUGAUUUCCAUGUACUUCUGUGCCUGUCAGAUCAAAGGAAAUGUUCUUAAAACCUUUUUAGCUCAGCUACAGCUCAAUGAACUAACAUGGCUUCUUUAUAUUUUAUAAAUUGCUCCAAGCAACAUAACUUACUUCUAUUAAUGCCUUUAUACAUCAAGUCCACUUAUAAGGAACCAUUUACUGCAUAAUCAAAAGAAAUCUUGGGCCAUAUGUGCUGUGAAUUUCAGUGGAGUUCUCAAUUUAUAUCAGUGGGAAUUCUGUUCAGAAAGUGACCAUCCUUUAUGAUCACACAGUCUGUUAGUAACGGGCAACAUGGUUUUGUAAAGAAAUCUAAAAAUACUGAAGACAAUCUGAAAUGUUAGAAAAAAUAUUACUAUGCACCCCAGGCUACAGGAAGCCAGUCAAAAAUGAACUUCGCAUUCCUUGGAGUUACCUAGGCAGACAUUUGAAGCAAAUUUUAUAUAAGAUAUAUUUUUCAUGCUAAUUUCUGUACAAAUGAAAACUGAAUUACAAAUUAGAAAAAAAUUAGUAGACAAUAUUAAAAUGUACUCUGAUAGAAGAUACAUUUAAAUAUUAUACAUGGGGUUGGUUAGGGGUUUUGAAAGCCAGGUUUUCUUGAAAUGUAAUUAAAGUUUAAAAUAUGGAGCAUUGUUUAAGAAGCCCACAAGUACCAAGUGAAAUCAAUGUUUGUUGUAAGAUAUCUGUGUAGAGGAAACACUGGACUGCUUCUUCUAUGAAUAAACAUGUCUUUAUCCUCA